ACGCGUUUUUUAAUGUUUCAACAAGUGUUUGAAUCGUGUGGACUACCUGUCAGUGACACUGGCGACAAAUGAUAAGCUAAGCAUCAACUGUGAGUGCCUGUAUCCAUCGGCGUGCGUUUGUGGUGUUAACUCAAACGGGCACUUUUGUUUGAGUCCGAAGAUUAUCCGACUAGCUAGCCGUUUUUUCGUGUUUACUAUCUACCCAGCGAGACAGCACCGUAACAUGAAGUUAUGGAGGAGCGAAAGCUAAAGAGAAAGAGUCCCAGGACCUCCACCAGCACGGCGGCUCCGACCGGUGGAUCUGGCCGAAAGAGUAGCGCUUCCUCCGGGGGACGGCACCCAGGCUAUACCGCCGGGACCCACGCUAGCCAAAAGAGCAAAAAUAGAAGGGCAGCCAGAGAUAAACCCAGGCAAAAUCUGGGGUUGGGAGGUAAAUCUAAUCAGAACCAGGGCCAGGCAGCACCUAUCAUCCAGCACUCCUUUCUGACUGACGUCUCAGAUGUCCAAGAGAUGGAGAAAGGCCUGCUCAGUCUCCUCAACGACUUCCACUCAGGGAAACUACAAGCAUUUGGCAAUGAAUGCUCCAUUGGCCAGAUGGAGCAUGUGAGAGAGAUGCAGGAGAAGCUGGCCCGUCUGCACUUUGACCUCUAUGGUGAGGUGGAUGAAAUGCCUGAGGACCAGAGGAAAAUGGCCUGCGACACCAACAUGGACAAAUUACUGCUAAAUCUGGAGGAGCUGAGUUCUUCAAUUCAGAAACUGAAUCUAGCCGACUCCCAAGAGAUCCCGAGGACUGCCAGUAUGUGAUUCUUUUCUCAACCUCAUCUGACACAAACCCAAGCCACGUGGGGAGGGGGGUGCACAGGAUAAGGUGGAGGUGAAGCGAGCUUGAGACACACAUUUUUCUUAAGUAUUGUGGCGGAGAUAGCAAGAAAGCUGUUCACCAGCGUUCCCUGUCUGCACAGGGUGAUGGAUGUAUUGUAAGAUGUCACAACAGGGAUGCACUAACACCUAAAUGCAGUUGCUGAUGUCAAGCAGAAAAUAAUUAUCUUACUAAACAAUAAAAUGAUGAUUAUUAACUUCCUGAAUAUAUUUUCUUUUGUCUUAUAUUCAGAGUGAUAUAGAGAGAUCCUGUACGGCACUUAUUGGCAUUGGUGCAUUCCUGUUGUGGCUUAUUUAAAGUCAAGUUGUAGUCAGUUCACUAAUUUCCAUACUAGAUUUGCACAGCAUUGCUAACCAAAGUGAUACUGAUAAAAUGCACUCACCUUGUUUUUCCUACAGAUGAUGAAUUUACAAGUCUUUGAAAGGACAUCCUCAGUGUUUAUUUAUCAGCUUUGUUAAUAGUGAACUUACUGCAAACUUGCUCCUUUAGCAGUUCUCAGAUAUGUAUAAACUCUGUUGCACUUUGUCUACUGUCUACUAUCACAGCUCAAUCAGUGUCUAUAACAUCACAAAUGUAAGACUUAUCAGAAUAUAGAAACAGAAAAUUAUGUUUAACUGUUUCUCAGCAUAUAGCUUUAAACCCAAUCAUAGGUCUCAUCUUGGAGACAAUAAAACUCUUGAAAAAAUUAUAUUUAAUUGUAGUUAAUUUUAUUAAAUAACAGUGAAACACACUGCUGUAUUUGUAAUGAGUACGAAAAUAAGCAGUGAGCCCAGUUUGUGAUUUAGCAUCAUGAUUCCUUGUUACAUGUGAGUGGCCUGAUCUCACCUCCGACACCUCGCUCAGUGUUAAAUAUAUUUGCACAUAUCCAUGCAACAUGCAGAGCGCACUGCACAUUAUCAGUGGUGUGUCGGUUUGACGCUGGAAAAAACUGAUCAAUCCAAGUGUUGACAUCACAACCAUGCCUUAAUUUUUUUUGUUAAAUCAUGUUUGCCUUAUUGGUUCUAACCUUUUAAUUGAUUUACGUAGAACAGAUUUGAAAUCUGUGUUUUGAGAUAUAAUAAUUUGAUGCUGCUUUGAUUGCAAAUCCGACUUUAUUUUGUCACUUUUUGUUUUAACCACUGUUGCAGGGGGAUGUGGGAUUAUUUUGAAGUGUUUUAACUGUUUUGUGAUUUUAUUUUUGUUGACUUAAUAAAUGUGUUGUCUGAA